GCUUCAGAUGGGGUAGCACCCCCCAAAGCAGAUCUCAUUACUGCAAGAGCUUCUAGUGCAAGAGUCAACAAGAGGAUAGCUUGGAGACUAUUCAGACCGUUCACGCGCAAGACUCCAACCAAGAUGCCAUCCACAGGAACUGUUAAGUCCUUCAACCCUGCGAAGGGCUGGGGCUUCAUUGACUGCUGUGGGGUUGACGUCUUUGUUCACGUCAAGUAUUGCAUUGGCGGACAACCAGCAGUUGGAGACGAGGUCACCUUUGACAUCGAGAAGAAUCCGAAAUGCCCUGAGCAGCCGCAAGCGAAGAAUGUGCGCGGAUGUAGUGCUCAGCGAGCAGAUGAAGUUAACAAGCAGUUGCUUGGUAUGGGCGAGAAAGCCGACAAAGAUAAAGUGGUGCCAAAGGGUGCCUUUGAAGGGGUGGUGAGAGCCUACAAUCCUGCGAAAGGCUUCGGCUUUAUUGAGCCGGCGAUGUAUCGCCAGCCAGUGCUGCUGAGGGCAGUGGAUUGUAUUAGAGAGCCAAAGGUGGGAGAAAUGGUGCUCUUUGACGUGGAGCCCGUGAAGAUGGAGGAUGGCACCGUUCAGCUCAAGGCUCUCAAUGUG